AUGGCCAAGUUUCAGCUUGUUUCACUGUUCGAUCAUCAAGAUAAGAUUCAGGAUUGUGUAAAGUUGCUAAACGAAGUAAGUUUAUUGGAGAUUCCUGUUGAUUUUUAGGUGUAGAAAGCAAAUGUUGGUAAAGAGGUGGAUUCUAAAUAGAAGAUCUGACAAUAAUAGGCUUGUUUUAUUGUUUUAAAAACUUGAGAAAGAUGAAGUUUUAGUAUAUUUUUGAAGAAAUUGGAGUUUUUUCAAUGUGAACAGACAAAGUUUUGAAAGACUUGGUAUUUUUUACAUGGUGUUUAUUGUAACCUUUUCCAGCAGUUAGCUAAAGACGUGGAAGUUUGAGCGAUUGUAGCUUAUGUACUUACGCUACUACUAAAGUAAAAUUUGUUUAGGAGUUUAUGAGUUUUGUAAACUUACAGUAAUUUUACCGCAUCUGUUUUCAAUAUUAUAAAAUUUCUUUUCUAUAAUACAAACUUAAGUUUAUAACUAAAUUAUAGGGGUUAUAUUAAAGUUUAAAAGAUUAUUUAUUUUAAUGUUAUCUUUUUGUAGGAAUGGCCAAAAUCCGGAGCGUUUCGUUUGAAUUCGUUGAACAAGUAUUGUAAGUCAUGUCCUCCAAUGUCAUUGUUGCUUCUGAAUGAAGAAACAAGAGAAUUGAUAGGGCAUGCAAGGUUUUUGAAUGUUUGCAAUUAUGGUGGAGGCAGGGCAGCUUAUUUGGAGUCUUUAAUAAUUGCUAAACAACAUCGUGGAAAAGGCUAUGGCAAAAUAUUGGUUCACAAGUGUGUUCAGAAGGCUACAGAUGAUGGUUAUAAUGUGGUGGGUUUUUUAUAGUUUUAAUCUAUGUUUUUUAUUGUGAGCUAAUACUAUAAUACCAGAUUGUUAAUUAUAUUUGACAAUCUGGUAUUAUACUUUAUUUUACUGUGGGUAAACCUGGCUUAUUAUUGAGAUUUUUGGGCGUUUUUUGACAAGAAACCUCUAGUUCGAUAUAGCUACGUGAUUGUAGACAUAAAUUAUGCUUUUAAACUUAAAUACGAACAAGAUCAAUAGGUUUAUUAAAUAUUUUAGUUCAUAUUUAAAUAAUUUACGCUAUUUGUUGUUGGUAGACUUAUUUUUCGUUUAAAGUUUAACAAUAAUAAAUAAUUUUUAGGUGAUUUUGUGUACAGAAGAUCAGAUGUUGUUUUACGAGAAAUGUGGCUUCGAAUGGUGCGAGUUUCUACCAGUUUCAACGAUGGAAAUGGAAUCUUGUGUAGCUAACUCAAUUGUCUUUUCUGAAAUCAAGCCUAUUGGAAGUGAAAAGAGAAGACAUUUGUUAAGUUUAUUGGGGAAAAGUGAAGAAAAAUGUGGUAUGAAUGGUACUGUAGUUGUUAAUGGCUGUUCUGUUGGGACGACAGAAAACGGGUGUACUAAUGGUACUACGAUAGACAAAGAAGUUGUUAGUGACACUACAUUUAAAGCUGAUUCAAAAAGCAAGAUUACUGUUGCAAAUGAACACAAGGAAGUUGUUGUAGAUAAUGUUUUACAAAAUGGUCUUCAAAGUGAAGUAGAAAGUACAAAAACAUUUGGUAUUCAGGGUUCUGGCAAUAAGAACGUACCUCCACCGCCGCCUCCACUAUUACCACAAGCUAAAAGGGCUAAUAGAUUUGUUAAACAAGAACAAUUUAUGUUCAUGUAUUUAGUUUAA